AAAAAAUAAUAUUAUAAUAUAAAUAUUUUAGUUGUUUAUGAAAAAGUUUAUUUAUUACAAAAAUAGCAAUAUGGUUUCGCAAUUAACAAUUGUCUUGUUGAUCGUUGUGGUGUCUUGCAAUGUUGCACUUGGAGCAGUCUUCAGAACAGCACCAACAAUUCAUGAAGAUCAUCCUGAAAAGUGCUUCUACAAGCCAACAAAUUCUUUCUACAGUCCAGGAGAAUCAUUUAGAGCACCAAACCAAUGUGUGCUUCUAACAUGCACACAGGAUUAUAGUUUUGCCGGAUCAGGAUGCGGGUCCAUCGGCGCCUCCGACGAGUUUGAAAUAGUUCCCGUUGACCUCAGCAAACCUUACCCAGAUUGUUGUCCAACCAUAAGACGCAAACAAGAAUUCAAUCACAUAGAUUUGGAUACGAACGACAUAGAAAUUUAACUGCGUUUUUGCCAAAAUUAAAAUAAGAUAUGUUUGUUCGUGUAAAUACUCUGCUGUGAUCUGUUGAUGCGUCGAUGUUAUGAAUAUUUUGUUAAUUU